UGUGCGUGUGGAGAAUCCAACAGACACAAGAUGCGGACUCCUACUCCUGUGAAACUCCUGGUCUUCCAUGUCGCCUGUCAGAUUCUACUAACUCCCGGAAUAGUGUAUAUGUCGGACGAGAAACGCUUGAUUCGGGAUUUGACAGGAAACUACAGCGAAAGAGGCAAGAUGGGACGUCCUGUCCUGAGUCCGAACGAAACAAUUACUGUUUUAUAUGGAAUGUUCCUCAUACAGCUUCUUGACCUUGAUGAAAAGAACCAGGUCCUUAUCACCAACGUUUGGGCAGCAUACGACUGGAACGACAGAUACCUGCACUGGAACCCGCUCGAAUACGGAAACGUCAGCAUAGUCAGGGUCAACGGUGACGACAUUUGGAAACCGGAUAUCAAGCUCUUUAACUACGCUGAUACCAGACUGGAGGAAAGGAAAGUGGCUCUUUGUGUCAUCUCUAGCAAUGGACAUGUUUCGUGGAUCCCUCAGGCUGUCUUCAAGAGUUCGUGCUCCAUCGACAUCCGAUAUUUUCCUUUUGAUGAACAGAUUUGCCAUCUAAAGUUUGGAUCAUGGACAUACGACGGGACCAAAGUUGAUCUCCAAAUACAGCACGCCAGCAAUACUUCUGGGUUCGACAUGCUCCACUAUACCCCCAGCAAUGAGUGGGACAUCGUAGAGUCAAGGGCCACUAGAAUAGUCAAGACCUACGAUUGCUGUCCCGAGCACUAUGUGACCAUUGACUUCACGCUGGUCAUUCGACGAAAGGCUGCCUUCUACAGCUACAUUCUCAUCCUCCCAUGUGUGUUGCUCUCUAGUCUGACUGUGGUGCUCUUUUGGUUGCCACCAGAAUCUCCAGCAAAGAUGCAGCUUGGUAUGAAUAUCUUUGUAGCGUUCUUUGUUCUACUGCUUCUGCUGGCUGAUUCCACGCCCCCAUCCGCUGCCAGUAUCCCACUCAUUGGAGCGUUUUACUGUCUGAAUUUGGUGCUGAUAACAUUGUCGACGUUGUUGUCCGUGGUAAUCGUCAACGUGUACUUUCACGGACCUGGGACCAAAGUACCUCGGUUCUUCAGACGG